AAAAGUGUCAUAGCUCAGGGACAUCCCCUUCUUAAGACAUAUUUACAUACUAGGCUUCAUAAAAUGUUGACUGUUGUGUAAGUUCAGUGACUUCCAACACCUCAGUGGAAGAUGAUUCUCUUUAUAUGGCUGCUUUACAUGAUUAUUUGUGCUGAGGGAAAAUGUGCAAAGAAUUCUUAUUACGAUGGACUUCUUGAGGAGUGUCAACAUUGCUCCAUUAGAUGCAACUCCCCACCAAAUAUUUGCAAAACAUUUUGUACCUCAAUACCAGUAAAUGAAGUUGAAAACAAUCAAAACAUCCGUUUCAUUUUGAUUGUGUUUUUUGUGUUCCUGGGAGCUUUCACUGCACUGACCAUUAUUCUGCGAGUUAUACGCAGAAAAACCUGUAAGCCCAUCAUCAUGAAAGCGAUAGGUCAAGAACAAAAGACAUCUGACAGUGAGAGAGGUUCGGAUGUCACAGAGCAAUCUGAAGAUACGAAUGAAGCUACGACUGAUUUACCAGAUGGAUUGAAUCAACAUCACUACAACUCCAACCUGCCUCUUCCAUCCACUGAGGAAGGUACCACAUUGCUGGUUACCGCAAAGACAGUACAAGCUUACCAGUGUACACCUGUCAUAUAUGGAGGAAACCGCAUGGAACUUGUAUAACAGCAGCAGACUCUGAAAACUGCACAUAAUCUCACCAUUACUCUGUUCAGACUGGAUAAAAUUCUCAUUGUAAUUUGAAAUGGACAGCUGGAUGCACUAAUAAUGAACACAGGACUUGAACACAGGAUGGCAUUUGACUGUCAAAACUUGAACAUCUCUGUUAUUUAGGUGUAAUAUAUCAGUGAAUGUAAACAAUUUUCAACAUGCUUUGUCCAAAUGUUUUACGUCUCAGUUUCACUCUUACACAUAUUUAUCAAUGCAAAACCAGUACAAAUUUUUGCUGUAUCUUUGUUAAAUUAAAAUGUGUUAGCCUACUUAAAUUGUAGUCUUAU